AUGGCCAAGCUGCAGAACUUCACUUGGGCAGUGGAAGAUAUUUUCAAGGAAACCUUCCUCAAUUACAUGAACAGCUGGAGGAGGAACAUGACAGAAGCAGCGAAUAAACUGCAGGCUGAGGUGGCUGCUGAAAACUUUGACUACGUUAUCCUCUACCUGAUGGUGAUGAUUGGGAUGUUCUCCUUCAUCAUUGUGGCCAUCCUGGUGAGCACUGUGAAAUCCAAGAGGAGGGAGCACUCCAAUGAUCCCUACCACCAGUACAUCGUGGAGGACUGGGGGGAGAAGUACAAGAACCAGGUCCUGAACCCAGAUGAUCUCAAGUGUGUGAUCCAUGAAAACCUGGGAGCAAGGGAUAAAACAAGCCCAGAGUCACCUUGA